UUAGCCUGCUGAACCUCCACCAGGUUGCUGUUGCUAAGGACUCGUCUGAAGGAAGUUGAUAUGUGUCCGGGACUGGAUUUUUUUUUAAGAACGGAGUUUAGCUCUUUAACUAAUGAGGGCUCACCUGCAGGUGGCGGUAGUGCACUCGUAUGGGGUGCAAGCUGCCGUUUAACAUUAAAGACGAAGAAGCCACGUGUGACUCCGCCGGAUUCAACCCGAUUCACACGUGUCUCCCCCACUUUCCAUCAGACCUCGCUUCAUUGCAACAUUUGCCAUACACACACCACUACACCCAUACAUACACACACUCAUCAAACCAAAAGCACUUUUAAGAGCUACAUAUUGUCUGUCCCUCUCUCUCUCUCUCUCUCUCUCUCUCUCUCUCUCUCUCUCUCUCUGUGUGUCUGUGUCUUUGUCUGUCUGUUCCUUUUGUGUAGUGUUAAUUCUGUUUGUGUUUGUAUUGUAUCAUAUGGUUUUGUGUUGUCUGUUUUUAUAUUUGUGUUGUCUGUUUCUGUGAGCCAUGUCUUGCAAUUCUGGUGCAAGGGUCUUUGAAGAUCCAGGAGAGGCUAGGUUGCACAUGGCAUCAUUGAUUAGCGAUGCAUUUGUCCAAGAGGCCAGGUUUCAUCUCAAACUCUGCAAACAUGUGGGAAGCCAUGGCCAAAGACAAUCCUGCUGCUCCUCCCAAAAAAAAGAAAAAAAGCAGGAAGAGAUCCCUCCCCUAUUCAGCUGUCAAAAACAGAUGUGGGAAACGUCGGCUAACACAAUCAGCUGGACAAGCCAGAGGAAGGCACCCUGUUCAUGAGGACAGCCAUCAGAUCGAAGAUCAGGAGUUAAAAAGCCUUGAAACACGUCUUCAAGAGUUAAGGGAUACUCUUGUGGAAGUCCCGAUCCCAGAAACGACAAAUGUGGUUUCUGCCUGGGAACAGAGGCAGCUUCUCACUAAUGCAAAAAUGAAAAUAGCUAGGACGACACUUUUGGAUUCAAAACUCUCUGCUGAGAGACUAAUCACCCAGAAAUGCCACAGAUGCUCUGCUCAGGAAGCUGUUGUGAGGUGCCUGGACUGCGUACCACUAGACGUGGAGUUCCUUUGCGCAAAGUGUGAUGUGGAAGCCCACAAGAGGAACAUCUUCCAUGACAGGGAAGCACUCAUCCACGGGUUUCUUGAGCCCAUUCCCCCAACAACUGCUGUGGUGAUGGAUGACAGUGGCCAACCUCAGUUUUGUGAACAAGUAUGCCAGUUGCCUGUUUCUACUCCAUCCAUCUGUGAAUGCUCCCAAGACCCCACAGUCAUUCCAGGAAAGCAUAUUUCUGUGGUUACGAUCAAUGGAAAGCAUGAUGUCUGCUUGCCACAGAAAUCCUGCCCAUCCUGCUCUGCAGAAUGGACACCCGAUGUUAAAGACCUCCUUAGAUAUCGGUACUGGCCAGCCACAAGCAACUGCCAGACAUUGUAUAAAUUUGAUGUGUUCAGAACAUUUGAGCACAUGAAGUUGACUGCACCAGCCAUGUCGAGGCAGGCCUUUCUUAAAAUGUUGGAGCACAGAUCUGCACAAGCUGGAAGGGUAAGUCUGCUGGAAUGAAACU